CGACAAUAUUAGCGACCCUCUUGUCUUGGAUCAAUAAAAGUCAAGAACAUGAACACAAAAUUGUGGCAAGAACAAGAUAUGUCAAAGUUUGUCACACAUUUUAAUGUUGUAGUCUCAUGCCUACAUACUUACACGUCUUGUAGUUGUUGAAAAUACAAGGAGACAAUAUCCUAGAUUGGGAUAUGGAGGUUGUAUUACAUGUAUAAUUUUGAGAUCUAUUGUAAUCUUCUCCAACCAUGCACUCACAGCUCAUUGCACUCCAUUAAAAAACUGAUUUAGUUCAGACACAUAAGAGACAUAUCUUAAUUGUCACUCGUGCAAAAUAAAAUAAGGAACUUGAUCUUAAUGGAGUGUUGAGCUGUGAUGAUGGUUAGAGAGAGACAUAGAACUGAUAUAACGGAGAUCUUGAUCCAUUAGUUUUAUAUUACAUAAGAUGCCUCUUGUCACCUAGUAAAAGGUGUAUUGCACAAGCAUCUAAUUAAUGAUAUGAAUGAUUUAAGCACCAAAAGAUUCCUUUUGUUCUCUCUUCCAUUGUGGUGUAUAUAUAUGUAAGGCCGGAGAGGCAAUGAGAAGGCAGAACAAACAUCUUAACUCUCUCAAGAACACAUAACAAAACAAAGACAAAAAUGGCCGUCUCUUUCCACAUUCGCUCGAACAGCUUCCCCUCAAGAUCUCACCCACAAGCUGCUCAUGUCGAUGAGCAGUUGGCCCGUUUGAGAUCUUCCGAGCAAGCCUCAUCAUCUUCUAGCUCUUCUAUCUGCCAAAGGCUUGAAAACCUUCAAGAACUACAUGAGUCUCUUGACAAGCUUAUCCACCGAGCUGUCACACAACAGGCUCUAUCUCAAGAGCAGAACAAGAAAGCCGUUGAGCAACUUCUUGAUGGAUCCCUCAGGAUCUUGGAUUUGUGCAACAUUUCCAAGGAUGCUUUGUCAGAGAUGAAAGAGGGUCUCAUGGAGAUCCAAUCAAUUCUAAGAAGAAAGCGUGGAGAUCUAUCGGGAGAGGUCAAGAAAUACUUAACCACAAGAAAAUCUCUUAAGAAGUCAUUCCAGAAAGCACUUAAGUCUUUGAAGGUUACACAAGCCGAAGAUGAAACAUUGGCUGUUUUUGGAGAAGCAGAAGCUAUUACAAUUGCUUUGUUUGAUUCUCUAUUUAGCUACAUGUCUGGAUCAAAGAUUUGUAGCAAAUGGUCAGUCGUCUCACAGCUAAUGAACAAGAAGAAAGCUACAUGUGAAGCGCAAGCAAACGAAUUCACGAAAGUUGAUUCCGAAUGUCAAUACGAAAAGACCUUGAAGAUGGAGGAUGUUCAGAAACUAGAGUCAUGCAUACAAGAUCUUGAAGAUGGACUUGAAUCACUUUCAAAGUCAUUGAUUAAAUACAGAGUCUCAUUUCUUAACAUCUUAGGCCAUUAAUGCCUACAUAAUUUUGUAGAGAAAGUUAAUGUAAAAAAUGAUCACAAAAACAAGAAAUACAAUUUUUUCU